ACCACUACUAAAAAGUGGUUUUGAAAAAGGUUAACAAAAAAGUAAAAUCGCUCGUUGCGUCAGUUUAACUAAAAAACAAAACAUUAGAUUAGAGACGGCGGAGCGAUUGUACUAUGAAAACCAAGAUGGAACCAUAUGAAGUUGAAGCUAAAAGUAACAGUUCUGAGGGCUUUGAUGAAGUCGAGCAGGUUCAUAAAGGCCUUGAAAAUUCUGUGUCUCAAUUAAAUUGCCUCCACAGAGUGGUCCUAUUGAACAAACUGCACAACAUCUGGGUUAACGGUAACGAACUUGUCACGAAAUCUGACAUUAUAACAACACCAUUACGCAACGAUUUGAUUGCUAACAGUUCCAGUGAUUCAUCUGUUAAGGUGGAACUUAGCAAUACUCGUGCUUCCUCUAUUACUGAUAACAAAAAAGUCUCCAGGUGUGCUCUUUGUGGCAAAGUUUUCAAAUGUCUGACAGCCCUAAAAAACCAUGAAAGCACCCACGAUGAUGACGAUGACAUCUGCAGCAGCAUUGAAAUGUCUGUUAUUAAUGGCAUUAACAACUUGGUUGACGAAGACGAGAGUUCCUCUCUAAAUUUAACAAGUCCAACAAAAGAACCAUUCGAAGAAGCACAUAAAAAAAAUCACAAGAGUUCACUUGUCUGCUCCAUAUGUGAUAAGGAAUUCUUCCAAAAAAGUAAAUUGAUUCAGCACUUGUCAACUCACAGCUCAGACCAACCAUAUGCAUGUGAUAUGUGUCCAAAUAGGUACAACAAGAGUGCAGCUCUUCAGCGCCAUCUGCUCAGUCACACGGGGGAACGUCCAUUUAAAUGCGAUCAGUGUCACCUUACAUAUCGCAACAAGGAAUCUUUGAAACAACAUUACUUAAAACACUCGGGCAGCAAUCCCUACCAGUGCGAACAUUGCGACAUGAAGACAUUCGAUCGGGGUACACUUACAAAACACAUGAGGAAGCACACGGGUGAACGACCUUACAUCUGCAACUGCUGCGGCCACGGCUUCAAAACGUCGGACACGCUGAAGAUGCACCUGCGUACCCAUACUGGCGAGAAGCCCUACAAGUGUGAGGUCUGCAGCAAGACGUUUGCCUACAAGUCAAACAUGAAGAGUCACAGGAAGCGACACACAGGCGAACGUCCAUACAAGUGCACGCACUGCAGUCAAGACUUUGUGGACCCGACUUCUUACAAGAUACACAUGCGACGUCAUACAGGCGAGAAACCUUACACGUGCCAGCAUUGUAACAAGCUGUUUGCUCACUCUUCUGGUCUCUAUGCUCAUCUGAAAGUUCAUUCUGGUUUAAGGCCUUUUAAAUGCAGCAAGUGUGACAAAAAUUUUGUCCGACUUGCCCACCUCAAAAAACACGUUGAACGAAUUCACAAAAUUUGAUGAGACUUCUUACUAUCAACUGCAAAGAUACACAACACCUUCAUAGUUUAUAUAUUUUUCAUCUCACGAUUAACAUUUUGUAAAAUAAAGUUUAAAAAUCUUCUAUAACAAAUAAAAAUAAUCAACAAUAUUUUAAAGAGGUAGAAUACUUUUGCAAUAAAUCUUCUUUAAACUUUUGGUA